AUGACACACACUGGCCGAGCCACUGCCACCGUCAACGGUGUCACCGUUGCCGAGACUACCGAGUGGGAGGAGGUAGAGGGCAACGUGUACUUCCCGCCCGGAUCGCUAACGCGCGAGCUCCUUGAGGGUCCGACGGGACAUUCCACGCACUGCCCGUGGAAGGGCGAUGCACAAUAUUACAAUGUCAAAACUGGGGACACAAAGCUGGAGAACGCGGCUUGGUAUUAUCCUGAUACGAAGGACAAGGCGAAGCAUUUUGAAGGCUAUGUUGCUUUUUACAAGAGCAAAGUUGACAUCAAGACGGAAUAA